GCAAAGACAGCGAUAAGUAUGUAAGCGAUGCUACUUCACAUGUAAAUCGCUCACGCUCUCAGUUUGCCUGGAAAUCGAGUGGCAUCUGGCGCGGUGUAAACGAAAAAAUUCAGUUCUUAGGAAAUUAUGUCGUCGUCUUCGCACAACACAAACAUAUUUUAUUCCCAGCAUUUCGACACAACUAGAGUAGCCUAACAUUUCAUAUGCUUGCAUGUAUAUUUCGUAAUGUGUACAAAAGGAACUAGUGAUUUGUAGACCGAUCCACAGACACACGACGCCCGUGAGAUGGCUGCGAUAAAGAACAUCGCAUAUGGCAUACUGUACGGGCUGUGGGACAGCAUACGUGGCAUGACCCUUGUCCUCCACAUCGACAACGAGGUGAAUCGCCAAGAUGCCGAGCAGGACAUUCGACUAUUACGCAGAACGGAUAAAGAUCGCUACGAGCGGGCGCGAAGAUCGCCAUCGCCUGUGCCCAGCUCUGCGGCUGCCAUGAUUCGUGAGGAGUACGCCAAACGGGCCGAGGAGAACUCCGAUGAGCGGAGUCUGCAGAAGAUUCUAAACCAGAAACCUACCGACGAGAAGGAGAAACAGCCUCAGGGCGAGAAGAAGAUCGCCAAGAAGCUCUUCAAAUGCUGCAUGCUCAACGGUGGCUUCACCUGGAUGAGCAUCGUACUCUUCGAGUCGGCUUUGCUGCCCACGCUGAAGUUCUGCCUGACCAUCUUCUAUGGCGCCCAGUCGGAGACCCUGCCCGUAGUGUGGGCCUGGCUGCAUCCGAUACUCUCGCUGCUCUUUGGAAUGAUGUGGGUUCUGCCCAUCUUUAUGCUGUCGAAGAUCGUCAGCUCGCUGUGGUUCGCGGACAUUGCUAAUGCGGCGUAUCGGGUGAGGAAGGGUCGACGGCAGCUGAUACCGGGCAUCAGCAAACUGGUGGCCGAUUUCCUCUUUAGCAUGGUCGUGCAGAUGCUAUUCCUGGUGCAGAGUAUGCUGGUGAAUCUGGUGCCGGUGAAGUAUGUCGGUUCUUCGCUCUGCUUUGUGCACCUCUGCCUGCUGUACUCGCUGUAUUCGUUCGAGUACAAGUGGUUCAACAUGGGAUGGGAGCUGCACCGACGUCUCACCUACAUAGAGAAGAACUGGCCCUACUUUUUCGGCUUCGGCAUACCGCUGACAGUGCUCACAAAUCUGUCCAGUUCGGUGAUUGUGAGCAGCUGCAUCUUCUCCAUAUUUUUCCCACUAUUCAUACUCAGCGGCAACGAGGCCCAGCCCAUGGUCGACACCACUGAGAUCUCGCUGCGUCUCUUCUCGCCGGUCGUUUUCAUAUCAAACCUCUGCUUCGGCGGCAAUCCGUGGAGCAAGGCCAACCGGCUCAGUGCCAUGCAGCGUCAGCAGUACGAGCUGCAACAGCGUCAGCGCCUGCUUCAGCGGGAAGAGCAGCUUCUCAAGCAGCGGAAGCAGCAGUACAUGGAACAGCAGCGCAUGCAAAUGCGUCGCGAACGGUCCCACUCGCGAUCGCAGACACCGCAAUCGGCACCGGGCACUGGGCCACCAUAUAGAUACGCCCAGGCGCCGGUGUUUGAUGCCGCCCGAGUACGGGACUCUUCCGCAUCGUCCACGCACAGCUCCACAUCGCCGAGCAUCAGCAGCUACCGGCCGCCGCCGUACUAUGGCAGUUCGCUGCGCGGCGCCACACCACUGGUGCCCACACCCGUGCCUGGUGCACCCCAAGCACCGCUUACCCCGCCCGUCAUACGACAGGAGUCGGGACCAGAUGACUGGAACUUGUGAGAUUUAUGCAUAUACACUCUCUAGGCUUAUAGGCUCUAUUAUACACAUACAAAUAGUAGAUAUAUUAUUAAUUGUAUCGAUGUGCGUACGCGUUGUCUUUGUAUCUACCCAUUGUGAACUUUCGUGUAAUAAGUGUAAUAACUAAUAAUAAUAAUAAGCGGAACUAAAACUA